AUGGACGACCCUCAGCAACCGCCGCUGGCGCCGCCGAAAGUCACGGCCUUGAAGCUGGGCGCUUCGAAUCCGCACAAGGCCCCCAUGGAGAGGACCGUCAGCCAGAACAUCCGCGACGAAAUGCAAGAGCUCAAGGAGGCCGCCGAGCAAACGCUCAAUGUGCUCGUCGACCUCAACCUGGACGGCACCAUCCGCUCCGUCAGUCCGUCCUGGCGCGAGGUCGUCGGCUCCGAUCCCGAAUCGGUCAUUGGGAAGCCCAUCGACGACAUGCUCGCCGGCAACAAGCGUGCUUUUACCGACGUGGUGGACAACAUGCGCCAAGACGAUGCCCGGAGUCGAGUCAUUCGGUUUUCCAUGAAGAUGGGUCCCUUUUCGAAGCUGAGGACCAAGCCAGGCCCUCCCGAAGCGUCCUCUGGGGAACCCGUCGAGGCGAGCCGUCCCGAAGAAGAAUCGGAGCAGAUACUGAACCUCGAGGCCCAAGGAAUCAUGUCCUACAAUCCUGCCUCGGGCGAUGACUGCCACACCAUGUGGAUGAUGCGGCCUUCCGUGGUUCGGGAGGUGACAAUUGAUCUUCCCGAGAUUCUAGUCGAGUCUCUUGGGGUUGGAGCUGAAGUGCUCGCGCGGUAUCUGACCGAGCUGGCAGAAGCCGGAGCUGGCGACCCCUCCACCCAUCCUCCACCGCCCCCUGUGUUGUGUCGCAUCUGCGAGCGCCACAUCACCCCGUGGUGGUUCGAAAAGCACACCGACCUCUGCUUGCAAGAGCACAAGGCCGAGAUGGAGGUGCAGAUGGCACAGGAAGCUCUUACUGACCACCGCAACGCAAUCGUCAAAGUUUUGGACGCUCUGGAAGCGAGCUCGCAACGCCAGACUCGGGCUGCCGCCGGAGAUGCCAAUCAGCCCAUUGCCACCGGACCCCCUGCGGAGUACAAAGGACUUGCCAUAUCCCCCGCGUCGACUCCCUCCUCCGGCGUCUCUUCGGGAAGAGCAUCGCCCGCUUCACCACCCUCACGUUCUCGAGACCGCUCAGCCGGCCUGGGACACCGUAGAGCCAGGUCUUUUGCGGUCAGGAGACCUCUGUCGAGGAUCGUCGAGCUGGUGCUGGAUCUUUGUGACACGGCUCUGGAAAUCAACACACCUGCCAUCAAGGACACCCGUGGCCAGCUGUCCACGGAAUUGAGAACGCAAUCGCCGCAGUCGGAGAACCGCAUUUCGCAAGUGCUCCAGUGGCAGUCCCCAAACAUGGGGGCCAAUGAAGGGGAGCAAGGCCUGUCGGCUCUUUGUGAAGACACCGCCAGGUAUUGCAGGGCAAAGGUGGAUGCAAUCUUCCGGUACCGCAGGAUUCUGGAGUAUUCGGAACGCAUUCGCGUCGAGUUCGAGGUUUUAGUACAAGAGUGCGUCGAGGCUGCGAUAAGCAAGGCUGCAAGCAUCGCUCGCGGCGAGUUGAGCGACUCUACAGAUACUUCUGACACUGCCAGCCAGCCGGAUGAGACACCCACCGAGGUCGAUCCUCCUGAUUGUCAGCAGGAAGAAGGCAUGUUCUCCUGUUCGCUAGAAAAUCCGUCCGCCAUGAGCCAGGCUUUCCGCAACUCUUCCGAAAUAUCUCUGGCAUCGUCCUCUCACCUCGAUCGCCGUCCUUCAUCAGCAGCGACGUCGACCAGAUCCAGCAGCCCUCGCGGCAGCCAGACGCCUCGAUCGCAUGUAGGGGCAGUGAACAUCGCGUCUCACAGCAAGAGAACGUCGAUGCACCUCGAAAGUGAUGCCGGAGCCGACAGUGACAGCAGUGUCAGGUCUUCGGUCCUGUCUGGGCCACGGAGAGCCGAUUCGCCCGGCUCGGAGGUGAGUCUCAGCAGAGUUGCGAGCUCUCGCGAGCGCAAGCGGAGGAGCCUUAUCCUACCCAGCGUCAUGUCAAGUAGGCAGCAAUCUCCCGCCAGAGCCGGAAUGCAGCCGCCACCGUCACCCCUCAGAAUGAAGGGACGCAUUUCCAUAGGGCCGGACGGUAUCCACUCACCCAUCACGUCUCCCGUCCUCUCGACGAGCGAUUUUUCUUCUCCUGCUCUUGCAGCAUAUCCAAUCCACCAUCACCGACGACAGUCUUCGACGGCCGGGUCUGAUAUUGCCAAACCUCCGGUCUCUCCACGGUUGAUCCCGAGCAGCAAUCCUCAGCCGAGGGCCGUGCCGCCUUCGAUCAAAGAUUUCGAGAUCAUCAAACCGAUCAGCAAAGGUGCUUUUGGUAGCGUUUACCUCUCCAAGAAAAAGUCCACCGGUGAUUAUUUUGCUAUCAAGGUGCUCAAAAAGGCAGACAUGGUUGCAAAGAACCAAGUAACCAACGUCAAGGCUGAAAGAGCCAUCAUGAUGUGGCAAGGCGAGAGCGAUUUUGUCGCAAAGCUUUACUGGACGUUCUCGAGCAAGGACUACCUCUAUCUCGUGAUGGAGUACCUCAACGGCGGCGACUGUGCGUCGUUGAUCAAAGUCCUGGGCGCUCUCCCUGAGGAUUGGGCAAAGAAAUACUUGGCGGAGGUUGUACUUGGUGUAGAACAUCUCCACAGUCGUGGUAUCGUCCACCGCGAUCUGAAGCCGGACAAUCUCUUGAUUGACCAAAAGGGUCACCUCAAAUUGACUGAUUUUGGUCUGUCUCGUAUGGGUUUGAUCGGCAGACAGAAGAGAGCCCUCAAUAGCAAGUCUGAUGAGCAAGCCCCCGAUCUUCUCAAAGGAGGCCCUUUUCAUCGCGCGCUGUCUGUUACCUCUUCUAGAUCUGCUUCUUUCGACGCGCAGGGGAAUCAACAUUCUCCUCAACACACCCCGUCUCUCAUGCCUGCUUUGAGCGGUGAUCUCAAUCAACCAUCCUACUUCAGCCUGUCAAAGGAGCCAGCCCGUGAACUGUCACGCCGGACCUCGAACAAUCGUAGUGACAGCGGAGAUAGCGACGCCCUGCAGAACAUGUUCCGUCGCUUUUCCAUUGCCGACGAUGCUGUCAGCGGUCAACGGCGGUCCCCCAUUGACGAAGAGGUUUACAUGAGCGAAGACGGUGGCUCACCGGACCCAUAUGGUCUUCAUCCAACAAUCAGCCACUCCAGCGCUGCACACAACGCAACGCCUCCCCAGAAUUCUGGUAUGCUGCCUCCUCCUCUGGCCCUUUUCGAUCCCGAAGACAGCGACCGUCGAUUUGUGGGCACGCCCGACUAUCUUGCCCCUGAGACGAUCAAUGGAAGCGGUCAAGAUGAAGUCAGCGAUUGGUGGUCACUCGGGUGUAUUCUGUUCGAAUGUCUUUACGGCUAUCCCCCAUUCCACGCCGAAACUCCGGACGAGGUGUUCAAGAACAUCUUGGAACGUAAGAUUGACUGGCCACCGGAGGAUGAGUACGAAGUCUCAGAGGAGGCGACAGACCUGAUGAAUCGCCUCAUGUGCACUGAUCCGACCAAGAGACUUGGCGCCAACAUCGGCGACAAGUUCUCUUGCGGAGGUGAAGAAAUCAAGGCCCACCCCUGGUUCGCCGAUACCAAUUGGGACUCCCUGCGUGACGAUGAAGCGUCCUUUGUGCCUGCGUCCGAGAACCCAGAAGACACGGAGUACUUUGAUGCGAGAGGGGCAACGAUGCAGAACUUUGCUGCGGAGUUCGAAGACCAGGCUGUAUCUUCCAGCGGGACCCCAGGUGCGGAUUACCAUGACAGGCCACACGAUGCACUGUCACGUGUGCGCUCUCAGGUCCAAGUCAAUUCCGUCAAGAGGAGCCUGAUGCCAUUGCACAUUCCACCUCACGUGCGAGAGGGCAGAAGCAGGCGACUCAGCGAGCCCAUGGCGACGGACGAUUUUGGCGCUUUCGCGUUCAAAAACCUGCCUGUUCUCGAAAAGGCGAACAAGGAUGUCAUCCAGAAGCUGCGUGCAGAAGCUAUGCAAGCACAAAGCAAACCCCCGUCAACAGCGACAUCCCCCUCCGUCACUUCGCCGACUCCUUCGCUUGAAUCCAGCCCGAUGGUGCCGAUGCCGUUGAAGCGGACACAUUCGACAACUGGAAAGGGUGGCAGGCCAGCAUCGCCCUCUGUCAGUCAGGUCAGCUCAUCUCCCAGUCGCGCAUCUCAGCCUUCGUCACCCCUGCUAGUGUCAUUCAGCACGGGGCAGAAUCACGAACGCAGGAAGACUUCAAGCGGGACCUCGUCGUUAUCUCAUCAGCCCAGCAACACAAGUACGACCAGCAGUUCCCUCCAACCUGGAAGCUUUUUUGAAGCAAAGUUGGCUGGCAAACCCGUCAAAACGCCAGGUGUUCCCGUUCCUGUGGAGAAAAGCGCAAUUUCGCAGGCACGACAGAACAGCCUCCCCCCUGGAGCGGUCUCAUCUCCCAGAGCUCGCUCACAGACCUUGGAUUCCCAGGACGGAGAGCUUGCAGUCAGCCAAGCCAAGCGACGGAGCCAGGUCUUGGAUGUUUCGCCGUCCUCGUCCGAUACGGAAGAGUCACGCCAGAAAGCUCUCCUUCGGGUACACCGCCGCAGGCAAAGUUCACGCCGGAUGUCACACAUUGCAGCAGACGGGCCUUACUUCAGGCCCUUGGACAUCCUCAUCUGCGAGGAUCAUCCCGUGUCGCGCUUGGUCAUGGAAAAGCUAUUGGAAAAGUUGCGUUGUCGCGCGAUCAAGGUCCAGACUGGGCCGGAAGCGAUGCGUUAUGCCAUGAGUGAAGUCAAGUUCGACAUCAUCAUGAUGGAGUAUCGCCUUCCACAAGUCAACGGAGCUGAUGUCGCGCGCAUGAUCCGCGAAACCAAGAACGCCAACAGCCACACGCCAAUCGUCGCCGUCACCGGAUAUCUCAAAGAGCUUCAAGCACCUCACCAUUUCGAUGCGUUGAUCGAGAAGCCCCCCACCAUUGCCAAGUUGACGGAGGUGAUCGGAAGACUGUGCCAAUGGAAAUCCCCUCCGCCAAAUUGGACUCCCUCGAUGCUAACAUCGGUCGUUCCAUCCAAUCUCCGUCAAGAGACGUCACGUGUGGAAGAUAGCCCUAUAUCGAACUCGUCUAGUUUUGCCGCAAUGCCCUCGGGUAGUUACCGGGGCUCUAGUCGCGAGGACUCCAUCAGUUCGAGCUUUUUUGGAGACAAUGACAACAAAAACGAUGAGGUUGCCGUUGUCAUUGACCGCCAGUCGACUGACGAAUGGAGAGAUCGUGACAUGGCCCACGCGUUUGGCGGGCUAGGAAUCUCUGACGAACCCAAAGAAUCAAAAAGUCUCCUGGCGAUUCCGACAAGCGUCCCUCUUCGCCAGGAGGCCUCGGCGCCCGCUGCCAUGGAGCAUACCCCGCACACCCCGGUUCGUAAGCAGAGGUCCUCGGAACAAAUCAACGCCAAGCGACGCUCGAUGGAGAACAAGAAACACGAGUCGGCUGAGUCUGGCGAUGACGAAGACGAAGAGCUGGGAGAUGCGCAGGUACGGACGAAGAGUCCAAAAGGUAGGACGCGAGGUUCUUCGAAACUCGGUCUUGAGAUGAUGCGUACAAACAGCCACGGCAGCGUCGUGUCCGUCGAGGAGAUGGCCGCCGUUGACAGUCUGAGUGCUUCACCACCACCGGUAAUCUCCGAGGAACAGUCGGUCGAUGAUUCGCAGGUCGAGGCGGCACCUGUGACACCUGCGAAAGCAGGGGGAGAUGAGACGGACCGGCCCGAGCAGGCAAGUUUAUCCAUCACGCCUCCGGAGAUGCUCCCUCAUCUACCUGGAAAUGCGGUUAAGGAGAUCGAAAUGGAUACAGAGGCCACGCCGAAAGCCCCGCACACGGAGCCUGAUCCAGAUCCUACGCCAAAGGCAUCUACAUCUCCAUCCCGAAGCUGA